CGCACGGAAUUAGGGGCGGGGCAAGACGCGUUCACAGCAAGCUCCGCCCCUCCUGGCCGCCAAAGCUCUUCUAAAAUCACCAGGCCCAUACCACGGAAGCCAUUCCUCUGAGACCACAGGACCUGCACGAUGCCUGUGACGCUGGGUUACUGGGACAUCCGCGGGCUGGCCCACGCCAUCCGCCUGCUCCUGGAAUACACGGACACCAGCUAUGAGGAAAAGAGAUACACGAUGGGGGACGCUCCCGACUAUGACAAAAGCCAGUGGCUGAGUGAGAAAUUCACACUGGGCCUGGACUUUCCCAAUCUGCCCUACCUAAUUGAUGGGACUCACAAGCUCACGCAGAGCAACGCCAUCCUGCGCUACCUGGCCCGCAAGCACGGCCUGUAUGGGGAGACGGAAGAGGAGAGGAUUCGCGUGGACAUUCUAGAGAACCAGGUUAUGGACAACCGCAUGCAAUUCGGCAUGAUGUGCUACAGUCCCGACUUCGAGAAGCUCAAGCCCGAGUACCUGAAGGGGCUCCCUGAGAAGCUGCAGCUGUACUCGCAGUUCCUGGGGAAGCGGCCCUGGUUCGCAGGGGACAAGAUCACCUUCGCCGAUUUCCUUGUCUACGACAUCCUUGACCAGACCCGGAUAUUUGUGCCUGGGUGCCUGGACGCGUUCCCAAACCUGAAGGAUUUCAUGUCCCGCUUCGAGGGCCUGCCGAAGAUCUCUGCCUACAUGAAGUCCAGCCGCUUCCUCCGAGUGCCUGUGUGUGCAAAGACAGCCAAGUGGAGGGGAAUAUAGGGCCCUGGAAGGAGGUUCCUCGUUCCUUCACCCUGGAGGGAGGGCGCCGAGGACCACGUACAGCUGUGCCGUGGUUCUGAGAGCCGCUGGGCUGAUGGGGACGGGGCUGAGCAGGCUUGGGCAGACCCCUCUGUCACCUCCUCCCGGAAGCUUUCCCUGAUGCAGAUGCUCUCGUCUACAGUUUCAGAACAUUUCUCAAUAAAACAUCCCACUGUAUAA